AUGCACUCGAAAACGCGAUCAAAAUCGGCGCUCAGACCGAAAAAUAUUAAUCGAAAACUUCAUGAGCCGAAGCGGGCGAAGAAUUUGAAAUUGGAUGGUAAAAGCGCGGGAUUUCAAACUAAGAGUUUUGUGGAGCAAACAUUUGGGGGGCCUACUGAGAUUGAUGGGGACAUAUCUUUUAUUGAACAGAGCUCUUCAAGUGAACUUCUGGAUCCUAAUGACAGCUUAGAUAUUCGAGAGACAAUACCCUUGACGCUGGAGAGUUUGAGAGCCUUGCAGAACUCUAUCCAUCAGAAAGAAUUGCAAUGCACCUGUUCUCAUAGCUUUUGUGCAGAACUUCGUCACUCAGGAACAGAUUUGGUCACUGUUCGAACCGUAGUCCUGUUCGAAUUAGAAAUGAUACCCUUUGAAGAGCGGCUAGAAAUGGUAAAUCUGCGUGAGAAAUGUUAUUUGCAGCAAGUGUACAGGCAAAUCUUGCAGGGUUGGAAACUGAAUCCGCGAAUUCAAUCUAUUAUACCGGGCACAGAAGAAUUUCCGCUUGCGCAGCUUAUGAUGGCACCAAAAUGUGACGUGUUAGUUCCAGAGAUCUUAUUGAAUCCUGUGGCAAACCAUCGCAUAUUUCCCAUGGGUGGCCUUGCCACCCGAGGAACAUUCGAAGCGUUUGAAGAAAACAUCAAUGCUAGAAAUAUUUUGAAAGAAGCUUCGUCUUUAACGGGGGAUACUUUAGAGCUGAGCGCCAAUGGGAAACAUAGUCUUACAAGUUCUAAAUGCAUUCUACGUAGUAGGGAUUUCUAA